AUGCUGGGGACUGUCCUGCUGCUGCUGGCCCUGGCCAAGCCGGCAUACCCGAGCCCGGCCGGCGUGGUGAGCCGGCGGGCUGAGGCACUGAAAAGGCUGCUGGAAGUCUUCGGCAUGGAAGACCCUCCGGCCCCCCCGGCUCACUUCAAGAAGCCACCCCAGUACAUGGUGGAUCUAUUCAACACUGUCGCCAACGCGGAUGGUGUCACCAAGAACCCCGACAUCCUGGAGGGCAACACCGUCCGCAGCUUCCUGGAUAGAACUCACAGCGAGGAGAUGCGGUUCCUGUUCAUCCUCUCCAGCGUGGCCAAGAACGAGAAGAUCCUGACGGCAGAGCUGCACCUCUUCCGCCUCUGGCCGAGGGUCACUGAUGGACCCAAAAGGCACCACUUCUGCCAGGUCAGCGUCUACCAGGUGCUGGAGAAGGAAAAUCCAGACACCCCUGGAGGGAAGAAGCUGCUGGCAGCCCGGCUCGUCUCACUGCAGACCUCGGGCUGGGAGGUCUUUGCCAUCACACCAGCUGUUCGUGACUGGACUGAAGACGAAAGCAGCAACCAGGGUUUGCUGGUGACAGUGCAGGAUCUGGGGGGGAGCCCGCUCGACCCCCCCCCACUGCAGUUUGCAACUGGCCGGGACCACCACGAGAGCAAGAAGCCGCUGUUGGUGCUGUUCACAGACGACGGGCGCCGGGGAGCGUCACUGCCCACGGGCGGCUUCCCAGGUGGGUCCCCUGUGCCCUGGCACAGCUCCCUCGCCGGGUCACGCAGCACACGCUCCCUGGACCGGCUCCAGCCCUGCCAGAGGCAUCCCUUGUCCGUGGACUUCGAGGAGAUCGGCUGGUCCGGCUGGAUCAUCUCCCCCCGGGGGUACAACGCCUUCCACUGCAAGGGCUCCUGCCCCUUCCCACUGGGGGAGAACAUGCGGCCCACGAACCACGCCACGGUGCAGUCCAUCAUCAACGCCCUGAAGCUGAGCGAGGGCGUCAGCAGCCCCUGCUGUGUGCCCGACAAGCUCUACUCCAUCAACCUCCUCUACUUCGACGACGACGAGAACGUGGUGCUCAAGCAGUACGACGACAUGGUGGCCGGGAGCUGCGGCUGCCACUGA